AUGGCUGUCUCUGCUGCACAAUGGACAUCUUACAUUUAUAUGAAUAAAUAUAACUCUAUAACAACCUGUAGCAAUAGAAGCAGCAGCAGCAGCAGCAGCAGCGGCGUGCUGCAGCAGCAGCAGCAGCAGCAGCAGCAUGCAGCAUAUCAAGUGCAGCCACGAGAGCUGCUGAUUUGGGAUACGUCGCCUCCGCAGCCAGUGUCUUUGCUGCGGGACAAUGCAGCAGCAGCAGCAGCAGCAGCAGCAGCAGCAGGAGCAGCAGAACCAGCUGCAGCAGCAGCAGAUGCAGCAAGUGGUGGAGUUGGAGUUGAACGGGCAGCAGCAGCGGUGACAGCAGCAGAAGCAGCAGAAAAGGCAACAGCAGCAGCAACAGCAGCAGCACGGGGACGUCUGCUUGCUUGUCUUUGCUUCUGCAUUCCGUCAGCAGCAACAGCAGCAGCAGGCGCAGCAGCAGCAACAGCAGCAGCAGCAGCAGCAGAUGAUGGUGAUUCAGCAGACUACAGCAUACCCCCUGCUUGUAAGAGGAGAAGAAAUGCUGUAGCAGCAGCAACAGCAGCAGCAGCAGCAGCAGCAGAAGCAGAAGCAGCAGCAGCAGCUGCUGCUUCUUGGCAGGAGCAGCAGAUCCAAAUAGUAGAUGCAGAGCAAUUGCUGCUGCAUACUGCUGCUGCUGCUGCUGCUGCUGCACCUCUCCUGCUGACGCUGCCUCCCCUACCUGCUGGGUCUCCCGGGGCAUUUGCUGCUUGCUGCUGCAGCAGCAGCAGCAGCAGCGACAGCUGCUGCCCCCUUCACUGCUGCUGGAAGGAGACAGAGGGAGCGAUGGAGAUAGAAGCACAAGGGACGCAUGCAUGCAUGGACAGCAGCAACAACUGCAGCAGCAGUAGCAGCAGCAGCAGCAAUCCUGCUGAUGGACAUCUGCUGCUGCAUGCUGCUAAUGGCCCCCCUAUAGCAGCAGGUGCACCACGAGUUGCCCAGCUGCUGCUCUCCCUGCAGCAGCAGCAGCAGCAGCAGCAGCAGAUCUCCUGUGUGCUGCGGCAUAUCUGCAGCAGCAAAGGAUCUUAUUUCUCCUUAGGAAGGAUAAAGGCUGCUGCUGCGCUGCUGCCGCAUGCAGUUGCUUCUGCUGCUCGCUUCUCCUUACGCUGGCUGUCUUCUUCGCAGCAGCAGCAGCAGCAGGAGGAGGAAGAGGAAGAGGAGGAGGAGCAAGAGCAGCAUCAGCAACAGCAACAGCAGCAGCAGCAGCAGCAGCAGCAGCAGCGGCUUGCAGUGGUAUGCAUCGCAACACUACCAGCAGCAGCAACAGGAGCAGCAACAGCAACAGCAGCAGCAGCAGCAGCAGAACGAUACGUCUGCAUGUUUUGUAUUAACCAAGACAUGGAGGUGGGCUCUGCUGCUCAGCAGCCUGCAGCAGCAGCAGCAACAGCAGCAGCAGCAGCGUGGCUGGUGCUGCUGCGGGUGUCGCAGCAAACAGCAGCAGUUGUUGAUACUGUGCCAGUAGGCAUGGAGCAGCAGCUGCUGCUGCAGCUGCAGCAACAGCUGCUGCUGCCUCUCGUGUCUCCUUCUGCUGCCUUGCUGCUGAGCCCAAGCAGCAGCAGCAGCGGCAGCACGGGGUGCUUGCUGCUGCAGUCCAAUGUCUUGCUGCUGCUGUCUUUCUCCUUCUCUCCUACAGCAACUGUGUAUAUAUCUCGUCGCUGCGUGCUUCCUGCUGCUGCUGCAGCAGCAGCUGCUGCUGCUGUUGCAUGCGGCGGUGUGCUGCUUACAGGAGACACCUUGUGGCUGUCUCCGCAGGUGCAGCAAGGGGAAGAACUGCAGCAGCAGCAGCAGCAGCAAUUGGUGGCUAUAGACCUAGCAGCAGAGCCGCCGCUGCUGCUGCCCCUUUUAAGCCUGCAGCAGCAGCAGCAGCAGCAGCUGCGGUGGAUAAUCUGUCGCACCCUUCUAUGGAGGCCCAUGGAGCAGCAGCAGCAGCAACAGCAGCAACUGCAACAGCAGCAGCUACAGGAACCAUCUGACAGAUUCAGAAGCAUCAGCAGCAGCAGCAGCAGCAGCAGCAGCAGCAGCAGCAGCAUAUCCCAGCAGCACGAGGCAGUUGAUCUGAUGCUGCUGCAGGUGUCUAGACACUGCGUGAGGGUAUUAGGUAAGGAAGCAAUUUGCUGCUUCCUGCUGCAUGCGCUGCAGCACUGUAGCAGCUGGCAAGACACCGCAGAUACAGAGAGCGUCAUCUCUAGCUGCAGCAGCAGCAGCAGCAGUAGCAGCAGUAGCAGCAGCAGUCACAGCAGCAGAAGCAGCUACAGCAGCAGCUACUACACAGUCAGGAGCUCUGCUGCUGCUGAUGAACUCUGCAGCAGCAGCAGCAGCAGCAGCAGCAGCAGCGAGGUAGACGGUGGUUGCUACUACUCUGGGGCUUCGCUGCUGUCUGUUGAUGUCCUUAGAGCACUGCGCAGCAGCAGCAACUGCUGCUGCUGCUGCAGAGACAGCGUGCUGCUACAGGAAGCAGUUGCUGCAGCGGGUCGUGUUGCAGCAACAGCAGCAGCAGCAGCAGCAGCAGCAGGGGGAGCAGCAGAAGCAGCAGAUGACUGGGUUGUCUUUUUGCUGCAGCGCAUACUGUGGGCCCUUACGAAGCAGGCAUCAGCAGCAGCAGCAGAAGAAGCAGGAGCAGCAGCAGCAGCAACGAUGGAUAGGCUGUCAAGGAGACGAGCUGCAGCAGCAGCUGCUGCAGCAGGACCUUUCCUGCAGCGUGCUGCUGUUAGUGCUUCUUUCUCUCUGUUGUAUUGGCUUUCUCAUCUGCAGCAAGAGCAGCAGCAACAGCAGCAACAGCAGCAGCAGCAGUUGCUGCAGCUAGGAGCAUCGGAGGUGUGGGGUCGUUUCUUGCUGCAGCAGCAGCAGCAACUGCUCAUGCGUCGCAGCUCCAAUGCAGCAGCACCUGCAACAGCAGCAGCAGCAGCUGCUGCUGCUGCUGCAUUCUCUUCUGCAGCAGAGACAUGGCCUGUCUCCGCUGUCUUUCCCCCACAGAGUCAACAGCAGCAGCAGCAGCAGAACGAAGAGCAGCAGCAGCAACAGCAGCAGCACAGCUUUGCAGUCCCGCUGCUGCUGCGCCCUGGGGGUGUGUACACAAUUAACACGCAGCUGCAGCACGGGGAGUUGCUGCUGCUGCAGCAGCAACCGCUAGUUGCUGCUCUGCAGGACUACGUGCUGCAGCGUCUAUAUCCGCUGCAGCAGCAAAGUAUCGAUUUGCUGCUAGCAGCAGGAGAAGAGAAGAAGCAGCAGAGGUCGCAGCGGCUGCUGCUGCUUGACCAGCUGCAGCAGCACCAGCAGCAGCACCAGCAGCAGCAGAUGGAUCCUGCUGGCAGUGACGCCAUCAGCAAGUUUGCUGCUGCUCUGCUGCAGCGGGGCAGCGCGCUGUGUGUCUUUCUUAGCUGCUGCAGCAGCAACUUGCUGUCAGCACAGGGACGGCCGCAGCUGCAGCUGCAGCAGCAGCAGCAGCAGCACGAGCAGCAACUUGCUACUUUGCUGCAGCAGCGUUUGCUGCUAUCGUCGUCAGAUCAGUGGCGUCUGCUGCUGCUAGGCGCAGUGCGGCAGCAACUGCAUAUUUGUGCAGGUAGCGGUAUAACAGCAGCAGCAGCAGCAACAGCAGCAGCAGAGGUGCCUGUCCUCACCGUGGCAACGGCUGCAUGCGCGGCGUUCGCACAGAGACUGUGCAUGCAAACCCUUCGUAGCAGGAGCAGCAGCAGCAGGAGCAGCAGCAGUAGGAGCAGCAACUACAGCAGCAGCUGGAGCAGUCCUGUGAACGGAAUAGACAUACAGCAGCAGCAUCCAAGUGUCUCUGCAGCAGCAGCAGAAUCAGCAGCAGCAGCAGCAGCAGAUGCUGCUGCAGUGCGGCGCUGCUUUGUGCCCUUUUGGCUUCCCGAGGCGAGCAGCAGCUGGGAUAGCAUAUGUGUAAUAGACUGGCAGCAGCAGCAGCAGCAGCAGCAGGAAAUGCAGCAGCAGCCACUGCAGCAACUGCAGCAAGUGCAGCAGCAGCAACUGCAGCAGCAGCUGCAGCAACUGCAGCAGCGGACACUGGGAUGUGUCGCCCCGUUUGCUGCAGCAGCAGCAAUUGCUACUCAUGCAGACUCAGUGGUGGCGCAGCAGGUGCUGCUUGCUUUGUGCUGGCAGCAGCAGCAGCAGCAAGAGCAGCAGCAGCAGCAGCAAGGGUGGGAGAAUUUAGAUACCCAGGUUACCCAGGCAAAGGAGACAGCGGAGUGGUUUGGGGCCAUCUUUGCUUCCUUUAGAGGCCGUCGUGCUGCUGCUGCUGCUGCUGCUGCUGCUGCUGCUGCAUUCCCCUUCUACAGCACAGCAGCAGCAGACCUGGUGCAUGAUAACAAGUCACCUAGGGCAGCAGUGCUCUUGCUGCUGCAGCGGCAGCAACUGCAGCAGCAGCAGCAGAAUGGCUGCUGCAGCGCAGCACGGCCUUUGCUUGACUCCCUUACUGUCUCUCCUCCUGCUGCUGAUUCUAUAGAGGCAGGAGAGACCCUGCUGCUGCUGCUGCUGCAGCCUGUCUCUAAGGAGCUGCAGAUGAUGCAUGUGUCGCUGCAGCUCUGGCUGCUGUUGCAGCGGGGCUGCAGCAACAGCAACAGCAGCAGCAGCGGCAGCAGCGGUCUCCUCACCACCAGGAGGGCAUGCAUAAAUCUGCCUGCUGCUGCUGCUGCUGCUGCAGCAAGGGCAACAGAAGCAAUGGGUUUGCUGCGCAGGGCAUUGGAGAUGUACCUGCAGCAUGCAGCCCCAGUAGUAGCAGCAGCAACAGAAGCAGCAGCAGGAACAGCAGGAGCAGCAGCAGCAGCAUACGCAGUGCGUACGAAGCUGCUGCUGCUGCUCGCUCAGCAGGCAGCAGCAGUAGCCCCUAGUGUUGCGCUGCUGCCGCAGCACAGACACCCGGAGCUUGCUGCUGACGCAGCAGCAGCAGCUGCUGCUGCCGCUGCAGCUGGGCAAGACGUUGUAGGCCCGAGCAUACGCACACAGCUGCUGCUGCUGGCAGCGGAAGCAGCAGCAGCAGCUGCUGCUGCUGCUCCAGACUCUGCAGCAGCACAGGACGUGCUGCUGCAGACAAGAAGAAGAGCAGCAGCAGCACUAGUAGAGGAUGGCUGUGUCUACAUGGCGCUGCAGCAGCUGCAGCAGCUGCAACAGGAGAAGGGAGGAGACAAGGAAGGGGCCUUGCUGCUCCUGCUGCUGCUGCUGCGCCUUAUGCUGAAGUCACGUGUGCUGCUGCAUAAGAAGGCAACAGCAGCAGCAGCAGCAGCAGCGGAAGAGCGUGCAUGCACAGAGACUGCAGCAGCAAACACAGUGUCUGCUGCUGUACAGACACUGCAUGCAGAAGCAGCAGCAGCAACAGCAGCAGCAGCUCAAUAUGGUGCUCCUGCUGCUGCUGCUGCGUUGCUGCUGGAGGAGCAGCAGGCAAACGGAUCUAUAGAAGCUGCUGCUCGCCUCUGUUUGCUGCAUGCAGCUGCUGUCUGGCUGCAGCAGCUCGCUCAGCCGCAGCAGCAGCAGAUGCAGCAGCAGCAGCAGCAGCAGCGUACGGAUUCUGCUGGCAGCUUCCCCUAUUGGCUGUUGCAGGCAGCUGGUAAUCUGCAGCAGGAGCUUGCAGCAGCAGCAGAACCGUGGGAAGCCAUACAGCAGCAGCAGCAGCAGCAGGAGCAGCAGCAGCAGCAACUGCAGCAGCUGCAGCAGCUGCUGCUCUCGCUUAAGCCAAUUGUUAGCGAUGGAGCAACGCAGCAGCAGCAAUAUAGAGCAUUGAAUGUAGCAGCAGCAACGUUGCUGCCUCCCCUUUUUGGGUGUGUGCAGCAGCAGCAGCAGCAGCAGCAGCAGCAGGAGUUGUUGCUGCAGCAGCAGCAGCAAUCCCCUCUUGCUGCUUUAUCUCGUGUUGCUGCUGUCCUUACACGCUGCGGGCUGCUGCUGCAGCAGCUGCCGGGGUGUACAGUCACCUUACCCCCUUUGCUGCCGCUGCUGCUGCUGCCGCUAACAGCAGCAGAGACACUGCGGCUACCCCAAGUGCUGCUGCUGCGUGCUGCUGAGGAGAGGCAGCCUCCUUCCCCCUCUUCCAUUGGAAGGCACCAGCAGCAGCAGCAGCAGCAGCAAGGAGAUAUGAUGGAGCAGCAGCAGCAGCAGCACGAAGACCUUCUUGCUGAUGUAUGGGGGGGCAGCGUGUGCAGCGAGUAUGAGGAGACAGGUCCCCUGCAGCUGCCUGUAGUAGAGGACGAGCAGCAGCAACUGCAGCAAAAGAGGACCGUGUCUGCUGCUGCAGCAAAACAGAUUGCUGCACUUGCUCAGGCUCAGUGUCUCCUUUACUCGAUAGACAAGGCGGCAUUCUCUCCUUCUAUUCCUGCAGCAGAAGCAGCAGCACGUCUUGGGGAAGGGAAUGCGCAUUCGCAGUUGCAGCAGCAGCUGCAGCAGCAGCAACUGCAGCAGCAGCAGCAGCAGCACAGUAGAGUAAAUCGUUGGGACGAAUUGCUGCAGCAGCUGGAUAGACACUGGAAGAGAUUGACUAGUGGCAGCUCCUUGCAGCAGCAGCAGCAGCAAGGGACUGGUGCUGCUGCUGCCGUUGCUGCAGCUACGCCACCUACUGCAGCAGCAGCAGCAGCAGAACGUGUAGAAGCGCAGCGGCUGUUUGCUGCACUGCAGCAGCAGCUGCAGUCUCUUGCUGUUGUACUAGGACCCAAUAAAAUACCCGCAAGUGUUUCAGCUGCUUAG